AUGUGUCGACUGGACAUAAGGUUUCAAUUACCUUUUUUUCCUGCAGUUCCUUGAAUAAAUCAGGGCAGGACUGCUCCUCUCCUUCCACUUGCCUCCGAAACCAUGGAGCUGAGAGCAAUUCCCCUCGUCCUCCUGAUUCUGUGCCUCCUGCAGACGACCCGUGAGCAGGCACUCAAAAACAAACCAAGGAAGAACGUGACCCCAAAGAGAGCGACGGUGACGCUAAGUAUGAUUGAAGACAUCAAGAAUCAGAUUGCUCAGAUCAUUGAGGAGGUGAACCUAUUGAAGGAGAAACAGGCACUGCAGACAGUGUGCCUGAGAGGGAUCAAAGUUUACCGUAAGUGCUUCCUCCUCAUGAGUGGACAAAAGAACUUCCACGAGGCGGCCGAUGACUGCAUCCUGCACGGGGGCACCCUCAGCACGCCGCACAACUACCACGAGAACAACGAGCUGCACGACUAUGCCAGGAGGACCCUGGGGGACGAGCACAACAUCUGGAUUGGUGUCACCGACAUAGUGACUGAGGGAGACUGGGUGGAUGUGUCUGGGCAGGCCACCAACUACACCAACUGGGAGACAACUCGCCGCCAACCGGAUGGUGGCACGAGGGCCAACUGUGUGGCAAUGUCGGGCACGGCCAUCGGCAAAUGGUUUGAUGAGUCCUGCGCGCUCCAGAAGAAUUACUUCUGUCAAUUUAACAUUCCUUAAGCGUUGCGGGAUUUCACCCCCACGUAUGGCCUGACUGGUUUAGCCUUGCUACUGAUGCUUUAUGGGUUAUUGUUUCAGUGAUGAUAUCUUGAGAGUGAUACAGAUACAAAGUGAUUCUCAUUGACCCGGGUCGACUGUACUCCUCAUUCCUUCAUGAUCUGUCCAUUCUGUGUUCUCCAACAGGAUUAUGUCUGUUUUGGAGAUGAUACACCAAGGUAACCACCUUGAUGCCAGGAUGCCACCAAUCCUGGACCCACAUGACUACCACAGGCUGUACGGAUAAAACCCUUCUCCCCUGCCCUUGUCCGCUGUACCGCACAGAGAAAGACAUCAGGAUCUGAGCAGAGUAGGGAUGGCUGGAAGGGGCGGUUGUGUUGCUUGAAAACAACCCCCCACCAACACCCACAAUGUCUCUCCGUGCCAGGGUGCUUUGACACUGAAGCACAGGUACAGCCCGAUUGUACUGCCCCUUGUUGUGGUAUAUUUGCUAAUUCAGCUGUGCAGGAAUUCAUAGCUUGCUUUGCUCUGUGGCUAGUCCAGGUUUCUUGCCGUGCCCAUUGUAAACGCAGUAAUGCAUGCUACUGUUCCGACCAGAA